AUGAGAAUUGAAGCUGAAGUGUUUAAAUCAUUCUUCAACGUUGCUGUUACAGAUAUUAUUACACAUGUUCGGGAUUUAAUUAAUUCUCUCCAAAGACCGGUAGAGGCCAUCUUAAUGGUUGGUGGAUUUUCAGAGUCCCCAAUUCUUCAGAGGGCCGUUAAAGAUGCCUUCCAGAGAGAAGUUGAUGUGAUUACACCAGUUGACACAAGUCUCUGUAUUAUGAAAGGCGCCGUCUUGUUUGGCCACCAACCUUCUAAAAUCACAGAAAGAAUAUCUCGCUUUACUUACGGAGUUGCAAUGACGGUACCUUUUGUAAAGGGACAACAUCCCGAAAGAAAGAAGAUAAAGAUAGAAAUGCAGGAGAUGUGUGAUGAUGUCUUCGACAAGCAUGUUCAGGUUGGACAAACCGUUGUCACUGGUGAGACUCAGAUUACACGCACAUACUUUCCAUCCUCUGAAAAAGACCAGGGCUAUUCAAUCGUAUUAUAUAAGUCGACAAAUCCAGAUCCCAUGUUUGUUGAUGAGCCUGGAUGCGAGUUUGUUGGGCUUUAUUUUGUGGAGCGAGACUCUGAUAGAAGAAAUGACUCUAUCGAUGUUCGGCUCAUUUUUGGUAGUUCAGAUAUCGUUGUUGAAACAACUAAAUGUGACGGAAGUGUACAUAAAAUGGAGUUCAGAAUGGAUUAA